AUGUUCUCAAUAACGAAUCUGAAAGUUGACGAAACCGUUCUUAACCGGCCACAGGCGCAGGAGAUUGACCUGGAGUCCUUCUGCGUACUGGGAUCAAGUUUCAACGAAAUUAAGCGCGAAAACGACGCGUCACCAACAUCCGACAUCGAGCAUCAGACCCAGAAAAAGCUGAAACGACACACGCAGGCCCCCACGCCUUUAUUACUGUGCGAACAUGACCAGCAGACCAUCUCCACGCUGUUUGAAGGCGCCACCAUCCCAACCAGCCUGUUUCUAACAUGUCUAGUCAACGUGCUGGUGGGACGAGAAUCGAUCAUGUUCAUCUGGAGAUGGAGCUCGAGAAGAUUUGUGUCCAAACACUUUGCACAGCCUAUCAAAGUGCCCGGAGUCUCCACAAUGGCUCUUCAGGGACUGGUCGACCAAUGCCUGGAGAUUGGGUCUCUGUUCACUCGUCUGUCCAACACAGCCAAAGAUAUCGCCAAAAUGGUCUCGUUGGAAGACAGCAUUAUGAUUGCGUUCAGGUCCGCUCUCACCGACAUUCUGGCUGCUAUUCAGCAUUACAUUGAGAGUCUGGAUGCCAGUGACGAGUCUCUUUUCCCGCUACUAGUCCACCUGAGACCUGUUUCUACUGUCGUACAUCUGCUGGCAAAUAUCCUUGGCUGUGGAGAUCUUUCACGAGCUUUGUCUCUUCAGAGCCUUCCCAACCCCGUAAAAUUGCUUUCUGAGCUUCAUACACGGCUUUCCAUCUAUCAAACAUCGGAUAUCAACCUGUAUAUCCUGACCGCUGAGUUGUUCAAGCGGUGUUUGAGCCCUUGGAUGUUCAAGUUACAUGGAGUCAUUGGGUUGAACGGUUCCACGUACUGGAAAACCCCGUCCAAAAUGGUGGAUCCAGAGAUGUUUGUUGUUCAAGAACCAAAUUCGGGCUUUUUGAUCACCGACAAGGACCGUUUACCGACGUUUGUAUGUCCCGAAGACGCCCAAAUCUGUGUGGAGAUUCUCACGGCUUUGCAUAUCCUUUAUUCUCUAGGAGACACCACUGUUGUUGAUACGAACGUUGAUUCCAAGCCGGUUAUGCCUCAGGUAGAGUCUCAAGAAACACUCAUACCCCCAUUGGAUUUUGAAUCAAGUCUCGAAAGGGAUACAACGAGUCUCCUAGCGCCCGCUCAGCUGUUCACAGAUACGCUGUCAUUCCUGAAGCUCGAGAAAGCUGAAUCAAUUUCCCUGUUUGAGUCAGAUGACCCCCUGAAGGACUUCCAGGUAUCGAUUGAGCAACAGCAGCAAGCGGUCAAUGACUCACUCAUGUCUCACGUCAAGAAGUACCUCUUCACUCAUUUAGAAAGUGCUAAGCGAUUCUUCCUGAUGGGGUUGGGAGCCAUAGAUCUCUGUCAACUCGUCUUUCAAGACAACACUGUCAAAAUUGGAUCUUCCUUGAACUGGCCUCCUCUGAACUCGGAUCUGCGAAUCACAGAAGAUUUGGUUGCGGACCUGCUUCCAGACAAAGACAUCAGAAUAUGGUUUGGAACUCCUCAGAACAUUGAUGGUGGUGAGGAGUCUUUCGCUCCCGACUCAAUCAUGGCGACAGAGUAUAUUACAGUCUUCUACACUCCACCCGAGGAACUCAAGUACAUCUUCAUGCCACACAUCAUUAAAGGCUAUCAACGCAUCUUCGCGCGUCUUUUGAAACUCGCCCGAUGUGUCUACUUUCUCCAGUUGAAACACAGAUUCAGUUUCCACUUCCUCAUCCAGCUGCAAUACUGCCAUUUUCAGAUCAUUGAUGUUGAGUGGUACAGGUUUCACACCGGAAUCCACAAAACGUCCAACUUCAUGCGAAUUGUCAAUCUGCAUCACGCCUUCAUUGAUGCUGUUGAACGCAACCUGUCCCUGGUUUCUCAGGAAGACCAGCUGCUGAACAACUAUCUACAGAGUCUGCUGAAUGACGAUCCUGUAGAUGUUCCCAAACAUUGGAAGAAGUUCUCCGCCUUAGCAUAG